ACUGAUCUUGAUUACGUAAAUGGUGUUGUCGCAAGCCUAGAAAAGGAAUUUUCUGCUGAAAUAAGUUCUGGCUUAGUAGAGGUAAUAGCCCCACCUGCAUCAUACUAUCCUGACCUAACAAACUUAAAAGAGACAUUUGGAGACUCAAAAGAGAGAGUCAGAUGGCGGACAAAGCAAAAUCUGGAUUAUUGUUUUCUUAUGAUGUAUGCACAGAAAAAAGGUGUUUACUACAUUCAGCUGGAGGAUGACAUCGUUGUCAAGCAGAAUUACUUCAGCACAAUUAAAAAUUUUGCGCUUCAGUUGUCCUCUGAAGACUGGAUGAUUCUUGAGUUUUCUCAGCUGGGAUUCAUUGGAAAAAUGUUCCAAUCUCCAGAUAUUACUCUCAUUGUAGAGUUCAUAUUUAUGUUUUAUAAGGAAAAACCUAUCGACUGGCUCUUGGAUCACAUUCUUUGGGUGAAAGUUUGCAACCCUGAGAAAGAUGCAAAACAUUGUGAUCGGCAGAAAUCAAACCUUAGAAUACGCUUCAGGCCUUCUCUUUUCCAGCAUGUUGGCCUGCAUUCCUCUCUAGCAGGGAAGAUUCAGAAGCUCACAGACAAAGACUUCUUGAAACCAUUACUGCAUAAAAUUCACGUGAACCCACCUGCAGAGGUUUCAACGACUUUAAAGGUCUAUCAGGGGCAUGCCCUUGAAAAGGCCUACAUGGGUGAAGACUUCUUCUGGGCAGUUACACCAAUUGCUGGGGACUACAUCUUGUUUAAAUUUGACAAGCCUGUUAAUAUAGAGAGAUACCUGUUCCACAGUGGUAACCCAGAGCAUCCAGGCGAUAUAUUCAUCAAUACAACAGUAGAAGUUUUACCUUUCAAGAGUGAAGACUUGGAAUUAAGCAAAGAAACCAAAGAGAAACGAUUAGAAGAUGGAUAUUUCAGAAUAGGCAAAUUUGAAAAUGGUAUAGCAGAAGGAACAGUUGAUCCCAGUCUAAAUCCUAUUGCAGCUGUCCGACUUCUGAUAAUACAGAAUUCUUCUGUCUGGGCAAUUCUAAAUGAGGUUCAUAUUAAAAAGCUCCCUAACUGAUCAGUCAAGAGGAAGGAAGAAAAAAAAAGAUUGGUCUUUUUGUAAAGUUUUCUAUGAACUCUUCAAAUCGCAGAGCGAAGACACUGAUCAUGCACCUUAUUUCCAACUCUUCUUUCUCACUGAAAUGCUACCUCCUGUGAAGUCUACUGUAGACGGAAGACUGAUCCAAUAACAGUUAAUUACAGUCUUAAAACUGAUACUUUUCUGGUGGUAUUUAUCUAGAUUCACAAUUUCCUCCAUCUGAACAUGACUUUGCUGCAUAAGGAUUAUAGAAAUCUCUUUAACCUAUGAAUGGUGAUAGGUCAUACUAUGUAAAAGUUGUACAUAUUGUUACAUUCCUUGAAGAUGAAAACCUAUAAUUGUUAAAAUACAUUUUGUGAAGGGGUACUUUUUGGAGGUUCAUUUAUUUUGCUAAUGCAAACCCUCUUUUAUAGAUUAUCAGGGAUAUAUAUUCAAAACAUUAGGGAUAUUUAAUUUAUUAAAAUAAUUUGAAAAGUACAUAUUUUUAUGCAGGAAAUAACUUGAUGCAGUUUUUUUUUUUAAAUGAAUCACCUCACUUCUUUGAGUUAACUCUGCAUUUUGCUUUGAUAAAUAAAGCAACCAUAUUUUGUAAUAUACUGCCAUGGUUAGGAAAGCUAAACUGAGUUUGCAAAUGAAGCACUUUUUGUAGCAUUCCAUGGGCCAAAUCUACUGAGAAACGUCUCUUGUGUGAGUCUGUUAAAAUUAAAGGGGCUUGUACAAGAGCAGUUCCCUGUAGGUUAUGUCCAGAGUCUAAGGUAGUGUUGUUCAAAAGCAAAAUCAUGACAUGCUGUGAGUUGAAGAACAUUCCCCAUAUUCACAGUCCGCAACAUGUAAUCCUAGAAAGCAUGUUGAGGAAAUUUUGUACUUAGCAGGGGGUGUUACAUCUGCAAUGACUUGAGGUGUGAUUGAUCUCCUCUUAAAGGGAAAUUUUGAUAAUAGGCUAUUUCUUUUUAACCUUUGUAGAGUCUUCAGAACACACCCAAGUUGUUCCUCAAGACAAAAGAGCAUUCUGAUGUGUCUGCAUUUUUUUAAAAAAAUUGUUUUUGCAUCUCCUUUUAUAUGAACACUGUUCAGUCUUUUGGAAUGACUCCAAUUACCAUUUUAUUAGGAUUAAUAAUAGAGAUACACAAUAACCUCAGCUGAGCUUUUAAAAUGUGAGUGUCAGAGUAUUUAAUUCAUUGUUGUCGUGGCUUCCUUUUUCCUUAAGAGGGCCCAGCUCCUGCUCAAAGCAUUGCACUCCAGCUGACUGAAGUGAGAUCUAAAUGCUUGUUGUCUUUUGUACUUCAAGGAUGAACAUGAGAAAUGCUUGCCUGGUCAGUAGCCUUGAAGAGAGGCAGUUCAAGCACUUUGUGCUUUGCAGCACAGUAAACAUGCAAUAGUAUAUUAUUGUAAAAAAA